UUUUGUUAUGAACCUGAGAAAUUCAACAUGGCAGGGGACGGCGACCGCGAGAUGGUCCUCGCAAACUUUCAAAGUAUAACGGGAAUCGAGAAUUUAGACGAAUGUAUUACACUCCUGGACCAUCACAACUGGGACUUGACGGCUUGUGUGAAUUCAGUCCUAGCAGACGAGACGGAUUCUCCUUUACGGAUGCCAGAGGCUCCUGUACCUGAUGCAUAUUGGGUUGCAGAUCAGUCAACAGCUGGUACUAGCACAUCCUCAGUUUCUGUCAGGGGGGUUGUUGGAAAUGCAAUCCCUUUACAGCCAUCCUCAAGAAGAAUAAAGUUUUUGAUUGAAUGGAGAGAUAGGACCAUCCCAAUUGUUCUAACUGAGACUGAAACUAUAGGUAGUGUUAAUGUCACUGUUAAAGUUUUAAACCCUACAGCUUCAAUGAGCGACCAAAACAGAAUUUCUCCUUUCGAUAUUAAUACAAUAUCAAGCACAGACAAGUGAUGAGAAUUUAAGAAAAAGAUCAGACACGUAAGGAAUUACUGGUUGCUCAAAUGCCAAAUUCCUCAAACUUAGGAAAGAAAUUUAUUGUAAACGGUAAGGAGAGUUACUAAUAGUAUCUUGGGAGUGAAGAUUUUACCCACCAACUCCAAGAGGCAACCAGCAUGUAACAUCACCUUACAAGAUUCCUUGGAGCCAGAAAUGGGAAUUAUUGAAUCUGAUUUUGGAAUAAGCCCCGUAACUCCUUUAUGUGAUUAACAUGUAACUUCUCCCAAUCCAGCAAUCCAGCAAACAAGUAA